CUGAAAAAUCUCUGAUGAUGUGUCAACGCGGUGACAGUGACAUCAUUCGCACAUCAGGUCAUGUCGCAAAUUACCCAAAGGACCCGCCAGUACUCCCUCGUUUCAGAGCAUUCAUACAAUAGAAAAUGGCAUGCGAAGCCACUCCUAAGAGAUCUUGAGGGGGGGGGGGCAUGCAAAUGUGGUCGUCGAGUGUCGGUUAGUGUGAUUUCAAAACGGUCGCCUCAAUAUAAUACAUACCGUCAAGAUACUUCACCUUGAUAGUUUUUUUACGCGCCAGUCAUCGCCUCCAGAGUCCUCGUCUUUUUAGAAUGAGGAACCCCUUGUUUUGUAGGUAUACUGGCCCGCUUAGGAUUUCAGAAGUAUCCUCCUGGCAGUUGCUUAGUGGCUCCCUUCUGGAGACAGCUCUUUCCAACUUCUGCCCGUCAUAGCCAUUUCAGGACAGACAUGUGUACUUGCCGUUUGGUUCGAUCAGUAUCACGCUACGCAGAUACGGAAGUCACGAUACUUUUUGGCGCCCUGCUUUCCCGCUUUCUAGCUUUGGCACGCCAACAGUCAACACAACCUCCCUCCCUGUCGUCAGCCCAAAUCUCAACGACACAUCAUCUUCAUCUUCCUCGUUCCUCAAACAGCAAUUGUCUACCAUCACUGGAGGGCAUCUUCCAGUCGGCGUCGUCUCCGCAAAUACACUGCACCCCCUCUCCUCCCUUGCAUAACCCGGACUGUUCUCGGACGAACCAGAUUCAACGUCUUCCAAAGACACGAGAAAGCCUCUCCUCUUGGGUUGCAACAUCGAACCGGCCACUACUCGUCCAGAAAAUGAGUGCCCCAGACGAAGUCAGUGGCACCCCCGCUGCCGCUGGGCCAAGGACGCCGACGUCGACUCCGCAGUCCCCCGGCACACCGACACCUGCCCACCAAUGCAGAAACUGCCGUGCAUCGUUCUGCCAGCCUCUCGGCUGUGGCCAUGUGUACUGCAACGAGUGCCUCGGUUCUACGCACAGUCUCGCGCCUGGCAAUACGGGCUGCCCUGAGUGCGAUCGCAGAAAAGUGACGCCUCCGAAGCCCUUGACUCCUGAGCCAAAGUUCGAGCACGAGCCUAACCUCGAGUCUGGAGAAUUAUAUCUCAAGAGAACCCGUCGAAUGUCCUGGAUUUCGUUAGUUAUGCUCCUCAUGAUCAUGGUUCUUGGGGUUAUCAUGAUCUUUGCGAGCAUCGAACUUGCCUGCGCAGUCGGUCGCCUAUCUUCUGCCAAACUCCCGUAGACUAGCCGAAAAGGCGUAGUCAGAAGGGCUUUGCAGUCAACGACGUGAGGAUUGUGCAGACUGGGACUUGGACGGUAAUUGUUAUCGCGGCAGCUUCAGAAUACCCUAAGA